UCAAUCGAUCACUGAUUUGUAAUCGGUGCUCUGCUAUUUUCUCUGACGUCGCUUCCAGGAUACUAAAUCAAGUCAGAGUCACAGGCGGAGGAAACACUUACAGAAGCAGAGAUGUUUCGCAAUCAGUACGACAACGAUGUGACAGUAUGGAGCCCGCAGGGCCGCAUUCAUCAGAUCGAGUAUGCCAUGGAGGCGGUGAAACAGGGGUCUGCAACCGUAGGACUCAAAUCCAAAACCCAUGCAGUCCUGGUAGCACUAAAGAGAGCCCAGUCUGAACUGGCUGCCCACCAGAAGAAGAUCCUCCAUGUCGACAACCACAUCGGCAUCUCAAUUGCUGGACUGACUGCUGAUGCCAGACUGCUCUGUAACUUCAUGCGUCAGGAGUGCUUGGACUCAAGAUUUGUCUUCGACAGGCCCCUCCCAACGUCCCGUCUUGUCUCUCUUAUUGGAAGCAAAACCCAAAUCCCAACACAGAGGUAUGGAAGGAGGCCCUAUGGUGUUGGACUUCUCAUUGCUGGCUAUGAUGACAUGGGACCUCACAUCUUCCAGACCUGCCCAUCAGCCAACUACUUUGACUGCAAAGCCAUGUCCAUCGGAGCGCGCUCCCAGUCUGCUCGCACCUACCUGGAGAGAUGCAUGGACAAGUUCUCUGACUGUAAUCUGAACGACCUGGUCCAGCAUGGCCUCCGUGCUCUCAGAGAAACCCUCCCAAGCGAGCAGGACCUCACCACCAAGAACGUUUCCAUUGGUAUUGUGGGGAAGGACAUGGAGUUCGUCAUUUAUGACGAUGAUGAUGUCGCUCCGUUCCUGGAGGGACUGGAGGAGAGGCCACAGAGAAAGGUUGCCCAGCCAGCAGAUGAACCCGCCCCCGCUGGAGCGGUACCUGAUGAGCCAAUGGAGCACUGAGGCGGCACGUCUGUUAACUUCCUGUUCUGAGAGGGGGGCGGGCACAAACCCAGACCAACCUGACACUUACUGCAACACACCAGAAUAACUGUUCGAGGGGAAAGCUGUUGUUGUGAUGUGCCACUUGCUAAACUGUUCAUCCAAAAUAUUUCUCUGCAAACAUCAAGAACCGUGAUGUUGCUUUUGUAUGAGUAAAAUGUACCAUUAUACAAGUAAUAAACUCUUUUUUUGAAUUGUG